AUGACGAAUACCACUGGAGCUACAGAAUUCCUUAUGCUUGGAUUUACAGACGUUCCACAUCGGCAAACACUGCUUUUUGUAUCAUUUUUAUUCAUGUAUCUUUUAAACAUACUAGGGAAUAUGACUAUCAUUUUGCUGGCUACACUUGACUCUCAUUUCCGCACACCCAUGUACUUUUUUCUGGCAAAUUUAUCCUUUGUGGAUAUUUGUUACACGUCCUCUAUUGUACCAAAAAUGUUAAUUAACAUGAUGUCAAAGAAGAAGACUAUUUCUCUAGUUGAAUGUGUUUUGCAGUUGUUUUUUUUCCUGGUUUUCGCCUGCACGGAAUGCUUUCUCCUAGCUGUGAUGGCUUAUGAUCGAUAUAUAGCUAUCUGCAACCCAUUGCAUUACACGAUGAUGAUCAGUAAAAAACUCUGCAUAUUGCUUGUCAUUGGCUCUUGGUUGGUUUCAGCCCUGCAUUCGCUGUUACACAGCCUUAUGGUCUCUAGGUUAACGUUUUGUGGAAUCAACAAAGUCUACCACUUCUUUUGUGACAUGGCACCUCUUCUGAGGUUGUCUUGUUCAGAUACCUCCAUCAACAAACUGCUGAUCUACACAGAAGGUGGGUUACCAGUUUUAAUUCCAUUUGUUAUCGUCCUGGUCUCUUAUGUCCGCAUUAUCUCCUCCAUUGUGAAGAUUCGCUCGGCUGAUGGGCGAUAUAAAGCCUUCUCUACUUGCUCUUCUCACCUCACAGUUGUCAUUUUGUUUUAUGGGACUAUUGCCUUUAUGUAUCUGCGACCAUCUUCCAGCUAUUCUCUUAACUAUGAUAUUAUACUGAGUGUGGUGUAUACUGUAGUAGCUCCCAUGCUGAACCCAUUCAUCUAUAGCUUGAGGAACAAUGAGGUAAAGGCAGCAUUGAAAAAAAUGGUCAUUAAGAAAAAAUCCCUCUAAUUUUAUUUUUAAAAAAGGAGGAAAUUGCUGUAAAAAUCUAUUUACUUUACCUAUAUGUACCAAAAAUCCUGGCAACCUAUUUAAAGGAAAACUAUACCUCCCAAACA